GAGUCGAAGUUCCUGUUAAUCUACUUAGAAUGGAAUAAUUGCCUUGAAUUAAUUUAGCAUUGCCCUCAGGACCAUUUUAGAUAGGUGCUUGGGCCAAGUUGUCAGCUUUUUUGGCCCUCCCUGGUGCUGCCUUUUUCUUGAUAUCGUAUGGAAUCAGACCAUUUGGGUUGUCUGAUAACUUAUUAUAAAGAUGCUGUGACUUUGUGACUUUAAGUCUUAUUGCUUGCUCUUCUCUCUUCAUGUAGCACGUUACUGCCAUUAUUAAUACGAAAGUGCCAAGAUAGCACAAGCUGCUUGAAUCCCAGAACUGUCCUCUUAAUCAGAGGACAUGGCGUCGGGCAUAGGAUCCCCAUCGCCCUGCUCUGCUGGCAGUGACGAGGAGGAGAUGGAGAUCCUGUUGAACAACAGUAUUCAUCAACAUCAAGAGCCUGAAGAAGAGCCAGAGGAAGAACUGUUAUCUGAGGCAGAGAUGCCAAAAAUCAAGAAAAAGAAAAAGCCCAAGAAGCUGAAAGAACCUAAGAUGCCCAAGCUCAGUAAGCGUCAGAAAAAAGAGCUUGGAGAUAGUUCUGGUGAGGGAAAUGAAUUUGUGGAGGAGGAAGAGGAGGUGCUGUUACGCUCAGACAGUGAGGGAAGUGACUAUACUCCUGGCAAAAAGAAAAAGAAAAAACUUGGGCCUAAGAAAGAGAAGAAGAACAAAACCAAGCGCAAGGAGGAGGAAGAGGAAGAAGAUGAAGAUGAUGAUUCCAAGGAACCUAAGUCCUCUGCCCAGCUUUUAGAAGACUGGGGUAUGGAAGAUAUUGAUCACGUUUUCACAGAAGAAGAUUAUCGCACUCUAACUAAUUACAAGGCUUUUAGCCAGUUUGUCAGGCCACUUAUUGCUGCAAAGAAUCCUAAAAUUGCUGUCUCAAAGAUGAUGAUGGUUCUGGGGGCCAAAUGGAGAGAGUUCAGCACAAACAAUCCCUUCAAAGGGAGUUCUGGAGCAUCAGUGGCAGCUGCUGCUGCGGCUGCUGUGGCUGUGGUGGAGAGCAUGGUGGCUAACGUGGAUGCAGUUCUUCCUCAGCCCCCUGUUGAAGUGCCACUUCGAAAGGCCAAGACCAAAGAAGGCAAAGGCCCUAAUGCCCGGAAAAAACCCAAGGCUAGUCCUCGUGUCCCUGACAUCAAAAAACCCAAAACCAAGAAGGUGGCACCUUUAAAAAUCAAGCUCGGAGGAUUUGGCUCCAAGCGUAAAAGAUCAUCUAGUGAGGAGGAUGACUUGGAUGUUGAAUCAGACUUUGAUGAUGCAAGUAUCAAUAGCUACUCUGUGUCAGAUGGCUCUACCAGUCGCAGCAGCCGCAGCCGUAAAAAAUUAAAAGCGGGAAAGAGGAAAAAGAAAGGAGAAGAAGAUUCGACUGCAACAGUGGACGGCUAUGAGACAGAUCAUCAGGACUAUUGUGAGGUGUGCCAGCAGGGGGGAGAGAUCAUCCUGUGUGAUACUUGCCCUCGUGCCUAUCACAUGGUUUGUCUGGAUCCAGAUAUGGAGAAAGCACCAGAGGGCAAGUGGAGCUGCCCCCAUUGUGAAAAAGAAGGUAUCCAGUGGGAGGCCAAAGAAGACAACUCUGAGGGUGAGGAAACCAUGGAGGAUGUUGUGGGGGAUGCAGAGGAAGAAGAUGAUCACCACAUGGAGUUCUGUCGUGUCUGCAAAGAUGGUGGAGAGCUUCUCUGCUGUGAUGCCUGUCCUUCUUCGUAUCACAUACACUGUUUAAAUCCCCCUUUGCCAGAAAUCCCCAACGGAGAGUGGCUUUGCCCACGCUGUACUUGCCCACCUCUGAAAGGCAAAGUGCAGAAAAUCUUGACAUGGAAAUGGGGACAGCCUCCCUUACCCACUCCAGUGCCACGGCCUGCUGAUGCAGAUCCAAACGCACCUUCUCCUAAGCCUCUGGAGGGAAGACCUGAGAGGCAGUUCUUUGUCAAGUGGCAGGGGAUGUCCUAUUGGCACUGUUCCUGGGUUUCUGAGCUGCAGCUGGAACUGCAUUGCCAAGUAAUGUUUCGCAAUUACCAACGUAAAAAUGAUAUGGACGAGCCACCUUCAGGAGACUUUGGGGGGGAGGAAGAAAAGAGUCGCAAACGCAAGAACAAGGAUCCCAAGUUUGCAGAGAUGGAAGAACGGUUUUACCGAUAUGGGAUUAAACCAGAAUGGAUGAUGAUCCAUCGAAUUCUCAAUCAUAGUGUGGAUAAGAAGGGGAAUGUUCAUUAUCUUAUUAAAUGGAGAGAUCUACCAUAUGACCAAGCUUCUUGGGAAAAUGAGGAGGCAGAGGUACAGGAUUAUGAUAUCUACAAACAGGCAUACUGGAACCACAGGGAAUUGAUGAGAGGUGAAGAAGGAAGACCAGGAAAAAAAAUAAAGAAAGUGAAAUUACGAAAAUUAGAGAGACCACCAGAAACACCCACAGUGGAUCCUACAGUGAAAUAUGACAGACAGCCAGAUUACUUAGAUGUAACUGGAGGGACCCUGCAUCCUUAUCAACUGGAAGGUCUGAACUGGCUGCGUUUCUCUUGGGCUCAAGGCACGGAUACUAUCCUGGCUGAUGAAAUGGGUCUAGGGAAAACUGUGCAGACAGCAGUGUUUCUGUACUCUCUUUACAAAGAGGGCCAUUCCAAAGGACCUUUCUUGGUGAGUGCUCCAUUGUCCACCAUCAUCAACUGGGAAAGAGAAUUUGAAAUGUGGGCCCCUGAUAUGUACGUCGUGACUUACGUUGGGGACAAAGACAGCCGGGCCAUCAUCCGAGAGAAUGAAUUUUCCUUUGAAGACAAUGCUAUACGUGGGGGGAAAAAGGCUUCUAGGAUGAAGAAAGAGGCAUCUGUGAAAUUCCAUGUAUUGCUUACUUCUUAUGAGUUGAUCACUAUUGAUAUGGCUAUUCUGGGCUCUAUUGACUGGGCUUGCCUUGUAGUGGAUGAAGCACACAGACUAAAGAAUAAUCAGUCCAAGUUUUUCCGGGUCCUGAAUGGCUAUUCUCUUCAGCACAAACUGCUGCUCACAGGAACCCCUCUUCAGAACAAUCUCGAGGAACUGUUCCACCUCCUUAACUUCUUGACACCAGAAAGAUUUCAUAAUUUGGAAGGCUUCCUGGAAGAAUUUGCAGACAUUGCCAAGGAGGAUCAGAUCAAAAAGCUUCAUGAUAUGUUAGGACCGCACAUGCUGAGGCGUCUGAAAGCUGAUGUAUUCAAGAACAUGCCCUCAAAGACAGAACUUAUUGUGAGAGUGGAACUAAGUCCUAUGCAAAAGAAGUACUACAAAUAUAUCCUAACAAGAAAUUUUGAGGCACUGAAUGCACGGGGUGGCGGCAACCAAGUUUCUCUGCUCAAUGUUGUUAUGGAUUUGAAGAAAUGCUGCAACCAUCCAUAUCUCUUCCCUGUGGCUGCCAUGGAAGCACCAAAGAUGCCUAAUGGGAUGUAUGAUGGUAGUGCCCUAAUCCGAGCUUCUGGGAAGCUGCUUCUGCUUCAGAAGAUGUUGAAGAAUCUCAAGGAAGGGGGCCACAGGGUACUGAUAUUCUCCCAGAUGACUAAGAUGUUGGAUCUAUUGGAAGACUUUCUGGAACAUGAAGGGUACAAAUAUGAGAGAAUUGAUGGUGGGAUUACAGGAAAUAUGCGUCAGGAAGCUAUCGAUCGCUUCAAUGCUCCUGGCGCCCCACAGUUUUGUUUUUUACUUUCCACCAGAGCUGGAGGCCUUGGCAUUAACCUUGCCACUGCAGACACAGUAAUAAUCUAUGACUCUGACUGGAAUCCACACAAUGACAUCCAGGCCUUUAGUCGUGCUCACCGAAUUGGGCAAAACAAGAAGGUGAUGAUUUAUCGCUUUGUCACACGAGCCUCUGUAGAAGAGCGAAUCACACAAGUGGCCAAGAAGAAAAUGAUGCUAACACAUCUCGUAGUAAGACCAGGAUUGGGCUCCAAGACUGGUUCUAUGUCCAAACAAGAACUGGAUGACAUCCUUAAAUUUGGUACUGAAGAGCUUUUCAAAGAUGAAGCUACUGAGGGUGGGGAUAACAAGGAAGGUGAGGACAGCAGUGUCAUCCAUUAUGAUGAUAAGGCAAUUGAACGACUUCUGGAUAGGAACCAGGAUGAGACAGAGGAUGCAGAACUUCAGGGCAUGAAUGAGUACUUGAGUUCUUUCAAAGUAGCCCAGUAUGUGGUGCGUGAAGAAGAAAUGGGGGAGGAGGAAGAAGUUGAACGCGAGAUUAUCAAGCAAGAAGAGUCAGUGGAUCCAGACUAUUGGGAAAAACUGCUUCGCCAUCAUUAUGAGCAGCAGCAGGAAGACUUGGCUAGGAAUCUAGGCAAGGGCAAGCGUAUUCGUAAGCAGGUCAACUACAAUGAUGGUUCACAAGAAGAUAGAGACUGGCAGGAUGACCAAUCAGAUAAUCAGUCUGAUUAUUCUGUGGCCUCUGAGGAAGGUGAUGAAGAUUUUGAUGAGAGGUCUGAAGCUGCACGGCGACCUAGUCGCAAAGGCCUAAGGAAUGACAAAGACAAGCCAUUACCUCCGCUCCUUGCCCGUGUGGGAGGAAACAUAGAGGUAUUGGGCUUUAAUGCUCGGCAGCGGAAAGCCUUCCUUAAUGCCAUCAUGCGCUAUGGGAUGCCACCUCAGGAUGCCUUUACUACCCAGUGGCUGGUCCGGGAUCUCCGUGGCAAGUCAGAAAAGGAGUUCAAGGCCUAUGUCUCUCUCUUCAUGCGUCACUUGUGUGAACCAGGAGCAGAUGGUGCAGAAACAUUUGCUGAUGGGGUCCCACGUGAGGGUUUGUCCCGACAACAUGUUCUCACACGGAUAGGGGUCAUGUCUCUCAUACGUAAGAAGGUACAAGAAUUUGAACAUGUGAAUGGACGCUGGAGUAUGCCAGAACUUGCAGAGAUAGAGGAGAACAAAAAGCUUUUGCAGCCAAAUUCACCUUCCCCCAAAACUCCAACUCCUUCUACACCAGGGGAUACUCAGCCUAAUACUCCUGCACCUGUUCCUCCUCUGGAGGAGGGAGUGAAGGUAGAAGAUGGAACCACUACCAAGGAUCAAGUGGAGCCCACAGAACCUGAGAAGGAGAUCAGUCCUGCAGUUGCUGCUGCUGCUGAAAAUGAAGUUCCAGUUGAGCAGACCCCCCCUUCAACAGAGACCCACUCACAAGAGGUUAAAUCUCCUGUAAAUACUGUAGAAGCUGAAGAGAAGAAACCAGAUGACCUGGAAGUGAAAGAGGAGCCAAUGGAAACAGAAAGUAAAGCUGAUACAGAGAAAGUGGAAGAGAAGACACCUGCAGAGCCACCUCCUGAACCUCCCACAAUUAAUCUAGAUGAGAAAGAAGAGAAGAAGGAAGAUGAAAAGAAAGAUAUAGUGAUGCUGCAAAAUGGGGAAACCCUUAAAGAUCCUGCUGACGAUCGGCAUAAGAAAGCCAUGAAACAACGGUUCAUGUUCAACAUUGCAGAUGGAGGCUUCACUGAGUUGCAUUCCUUGUGGCAAAAUGAAGAGCGAGCAGCUACUGUUACCAAGAAGACAUAUGAGAUCUGGCACCGGCGCCAUGACUACUGGCUCUUGGCAGGCAUUAUAAAUCAUGGUUAUGCUCGGUGGCAAGAUAUCCAGAAUGAUCCCCGUUACGCCAUCCUCAACGAACCUUUCAAGGGUGAAAUGAACAGGGGUAACUUUCUAGAGAUAAAGAACAAAUUCUUGGCCAGAAGGUUUAAGUUGCUGGAACAAGCUCUAGUGAUUGAGGAGCAACUACGGAGAGCUGCAUAUCUAAACAUGUCAGAAGAUCCAUCCCAUCCCUCUAUGGCUCUUAAUACCCGUUUUGCUGAAGUGGAGUGCCUAGCUGAGAGCCACCAACAUCUAUCCAAGGAAUCUAUGGCUGGGAACAAACCAGCCAAUGCAGUGCUUCACAAAGUGCUGAAGCAGCUGGAGGAGUUAUUGAGCGACAUGAAGGCCGAUGUGACACGGCUACCUGCCACAAUUGCCCGCAUUCCUCCAGUGGCUGUGCGUCUCCAGAUGUCAGAGCGCAACAUUCUCAGCCGCUUGGCAAAUCGUAGCAGUGAACCUCCUCCACCACCACCACCACCAACCCAGCAGGUGGCUCAGCAGCAGUGAAAUACCUGACUGGUGCCAUCAACGCAGUGAUUCGACUAAAGUGACACGUAUACACCCUUGUUUCAAUUCUGGCCCCACCCCCAUCCCCUCCGUCUGGCACUCCUGAUCAGAUGAUGUCCUCUCAGAUGGAGGAUAUGGCUGGAGAAAGGAGGAAGUGCAAUCUUCCAUAAGCUGCCAGUUGCACUUAGAUUGCACUUGGGUGAAAUGGAACAUUGGAUGGACUCUGUAUAUAGUGACUGGAGGCUGCAGCGUCACAUCUGUUACACAGACCUGGCUGCAAUGCUCAUCACCUUGGCCCACUCUUCCUUGAUUUUAAUUUUAUUUUCAGUUUGUUUACCAAGAUGAGUGCAAGCAAACGUCAGGACAGACACAGCUACCUCCAUCAAGAUCCUUUUAAUACAAAAACUGACUGGACUUGUCCUCUGAAACAGCUGGAAAAAAGACAAAUCUUGAUAAAGUUAAAAAUAAAG